UGACGUAGCCGGGUAGGUUUGAAUGUGCGAGAAGGAGGUGAAUAUGGUGAUGAGCUCCGGGCUGUGCCUGGUGUAACUAGAGCUGCAGCUGUUUACCGUCACAUUAGCUGGAGUCAUCGUCACCUACGGGACUCAGCCUGGAGGAGGAAGUCGCGGGUACUGGAAGUACAGUGAUCAGAAUGAGUCUACUUAUGAUAAGUGAGAAUGUGAAACUGGCACGUGAAUAUGCUCUCCUGGGCAACUACGAUUCUGCCAUGGUUUACUAUCAAGGCGUGUUAGACCAGAUGAGCAAAUAUUUGUAUGUCAAAGACACCUUCCUACAGCAGAAAUGGCAACAGGUGUGGCAAGAGAUCAAUGUAGAAGCUAAGCAUGUGAAGGACAUAAUGUCUACGCUGGAAAGUUUUAAACUUGACAGCUCUCCACUGAAAGCAGCACAUCAUGAUUUACCCGUCCAGGAUGGAGAAGUUUGGUCCUUACCAGUACCGGCUGAGCGUAGGCCUUCGCCUGGACCAAGGAAACGACAAUCUUCCCAAUUCAGUGACGUUCGGGUACAUAAUAAUCGCAUAAGUGCUGCUGUCAGGGGCCCCAACCCUCCUUCAAGAAAUAAUAACCAGAAGGCAAAGCCUGCUCGUGCCAAGGAGAAAAAAGAUCAAGUAAACAGAGUAAAAGAAGACAAGAACAAAUCUGAUGUGUCUGAGAAUGAGCACAAGAGGUUUGAUGGCACUGGGUAUGAUAAAGAUUUAGUAGAAGCCCUUGAAAGGGACAUUAUUUCACAAAACCCCAAUAUUCGAUGGGAUGAUAUUGCAGAUUUGGAAGAUGCUAAGAAAUUGUUGAAGGAAGCAGUAGUAUUACCCAUGUGGAUGCCAGAGUUCUUCAAGGGAAUCAGAAGACCUUGGAAGGGCGUAUUAAUGGUUGGUCCGCCUGGAACUGGCAAAACCCUUUUAGCUAAAGCUGUUGCAACAGAGUGCAAGACUACAUUCUUCAACAUUUCCUCUUCAACUCUUACAUCUAAGUACAGAGGGGAAUCUGAGAAGCUUGUCCGCCUUUUAUUUGAAAUGGCAAGAUUCUAUGCCCCAACAACCAUAUUUAUCGAUGAGAUCGACUCAAUUUGCAGCCGCAGAGGCACUUCAGAAGAGCAUGAAGCCAGCAGGAGAGUUAAAGCAGAGCUUUUGGUGCAGAUGGAUGGUGUAGGGGGUGCAUCUGAGAAUGAAGACCCUUCUAAAAUGGUAAUGGUUCUUGCAGCUACCAACUUUCCAUGGGAUAUUGAUGAGGCUUUAAGGAGACGUUUGGAGAAGAGGAUUUAUAUUCCUUUGCCCUCAAAUAGCGGAAGAGAGGAGCUUCUGCGAAUUAACCUUAAAGAACUGGAGCUUGCAGAUGAUGUUGACAUUACAAGGAUAGCACAUAGCAUGGAAGGUUACUCUGGUGCAGAUAUUACUAAUGUUUGCAGAGAUGCUUCCUUGAUGGCAAUGAGAAGACGUAUUGAAGGGCUUAUGCCAGAAGAAAUUCGAAAUCUUUCAAAGGAUGACAUGCACAUGCCUACCACAAUGGAAGAUUUUGAGAUGGCUUUGAAGAAAGUGUCUAAAUCAGUAUGUGCCUCAGACAUUGAAAAGUAUGAAAAGUGGAUAGCAGAAUUUGGAUCUUGUUGAACAGCCAUCCCUUGUUCCAAAAAAAAAAAGCCUUAAGUCUAAAAGAGCACCUGUCAUGUGCACAUAAAAAUCAGAAACCUAUUUGCAUAGGAUACUUGAGGGCCACAGCAGCUGU